AUGCAAACUACCAUUAUUCCGGACGAAAAUUCGAUUAAUAGGAUGAAGCCUGCUGUUUUUACCGUAUGGAUUGCUGCUAUUAUUGUUGGAAACGUAUGCUCAGCACCAACAGCAGAGAUUUUCACCAAAGAACCGCCAGGCAGAAAGGAAAACCUAGAACGAUUACGAGAUACAAAUUCUUCGGCACGCAGAGCGCGAGGUUUGGUAUUAAGGGGCAAGGAUGUGCGUCGGCUUAAUGGAAUCGUUCCUUAUCAAUUUGAAUCAGGAUAUACCUCUGAUCAGCAAGCAGCCAUUCUAACUCGGAUGCGCAAAUUAGAAAAUUUAGUUGCCAUCAACAAUGUUCGAUGUGUACAGUUUAGACCAAAAGUCCCGGAAGAUUCGUAUUACAUCAAAAUACAAAAUGAUGCAGGUUGUUUCUCAACGCUUGGACAAACCGUAGGGACUCUGAUAUUACAACCUACAGGUUGUUUUGACGAUGGACGAACUUUUCAUGAAUUGAUGCAUACAUUAGUAGCAGAGUCUAAUUUUGUGAUAGGUGGAGAUUCAGUUACUGAUAUGUUGAAUACUUCAUACGAUUACUCCUCAAUUUUGCACUACGGGAAAUACGAUUUUUCGAAGAAUGGGUUGCCAACAAUGGAAGCAAUUCAAUCAAAUAUUAAAAUUGGGCAACGCUAUAAUUUAAGCCGUGGCGACAUUGAACUAAUUCGUCGGUUCUUUAAUUGUUCAUCCACUGGACCUAUAUUACCACCAUUCACAGUACCAAUCGAACCAGUUCCAGCAGCUGGUCAAUAUAUUUUCCAAUGCAAAAGUAAUAUUGAUACGUUUGCUUAUAUUUAUAACCAGACGUUUAAUCCAUUGAAUCCGGCUGCGAAUUUACUCAACGCAUUUGAUGAUGAAAAUUAUGAAAGAUGGGAAUUUAGCAUAAUGAUGAAUUUUCCUGGCCCAGAAACAAUUCUUUUGGUUCUCACUACAUACAAUCCCAAUGUAACAGGACCAUUCCUUAUUGUUGGCAGUAGUUACAAUAAAGUAAUUUUUAAUCGUAUGGUUAGUACUGUUCAACCAACAACUAGCACUUCUACUACCUCCAAGACGACAACAACAACCGACAGCUCACUUGCAAUAGGUCGUAUUGCACAUACAUCAACUCUUCUUUCCGAUGGACGUGCCAUCACUACUGGAGGUAACGAGGGUGGUAGUUUAGUGGAACUUUACAGUCCAACAACACGAACAUGGAGUCGAGAUGCAUCAAUGAUCAGUGCUCGAUCAAUGCAUACUGCUACCCUCUUACCAGAUGGUCGUUUAUUUGUAACGGGUGGUUGGUAUUAUAAUACCGCUAGCAAAACUGCUGAAAUUUAUAAUCCCGCCAGUAAUACUUGGACAGCUAUUAGUAAUAUGAAUUUUGGUCGAUGUGGACAUGCAGCAGUCCACUUACCAGCACCAAUGAAUAAAAUUUUAGUCAUGGGUGGAUAUGGAGAUAGCAUCGCGCCUUUGUCUUUGCAAUCAUGUGAAUUAUAUGACUUUGUUUCGAAUAAGUGGACAAGCACCACUUCAAUGCUUAGUAAACGAGUCUAUUUUACAGCAACAUACUUACUAUCCAUGAAUGUAGUCGUAGCUAUAGGAGAUGGUUUUCCAGGUGGCUCAGCAGAAAUAUUUAAUGUAUCAACAUUACAAUGGACUCGAAGUUUGAAUACAAUGCCAGACUAUAGAACGUCACACACAGCUACAUUACUUCCCAAUGGACAAAUUUUAAUUGCUGGUAGUGGUAACAGUAUCAGUGCAACCUAUUUAUAUAAUCCAACAACAAAUUCAUUUACAUUUGCAGCAAAUACUAUCCAAGCACGAAUUGAACCUAGUGCAGCUUUAUUACCGUCAGGUUUAGUUUUUCUAAGUGGUGGAAUGAUGAGUGACGGUUCAAUGUAUCGUUCGACUGAAGUUUAUGAUCAUCGACUCAAUACAUGGCGUUCUGUAGCGAACAUGAAUACUAGCCGUUUUCGGCACAAAUCAAUUUUAAUUGAUUCCUCUUCAUCAUCACCAACAGUACUUGUUAUAGGAGGACAGAAAGACUGGAGUACAUCCCCUCAACUAAUUGUGAACUGUUCUCGUUCAAUGGUUGAGAAUGAAGUUUUUAUCAACUAUAAACAUUUUCUUUUGUCUUCUCUUUCUUUUAUAUUCAAAUAUUCCAUUUAUUCAUGA